AUGAUCUUCGUGGUAAAAGAUUGGAUCCGGCUUUCCAGAAGAGACGGGCUAGUAAAAGCCAGUGGUAAAAACUAUGCUUCUGUAGAAGGGAGUAUUAUAGCAGUAAACAAGGAGAUGGCAUUUCAUUCUGAAGACGACAAGAGUGAAGACUACCUCUUCAAGAUUGUUCUCAUUGGUGAUUCUGCAGUUGGGAAAUCAAAUUUGCUCGCAAGAUUUGCUAGGGAUGAGUUCUAUCCCAAUUCAAAGUCGACCAUUGGAGUAGAGUUUCAGACGCAGAAGAUUGAUAUCAACGGGAAGGAGAUCAAAGCACAGAUAUGGGACACGGCAGGUCAAGAACGUUUCAGAGCAGUCACUUCUGCGUAUUACAGAGGUGCUGUUGGAGCUCUUCUUGUUUACGACAUCAGCAGACAGCAGACUUUUCAGAGCAUUGGUAGAUGGCUUAACGAGCUGCACACACACUCUGACAUGAACGUUGUGACUAUCCUUGUGGGGAACAAGUCGGAUCUAAAGGACAUAAGAGAAGUGCCAACAUCGGAAGGGAAGGCGUUGGCUGAAGCGCAGGGACUUUUCUUUAUGGAGACAUCGGCUCUGGACUCAUCAAACGUGGCAGCUGCAUUCGAGACGGUUGUAAAGGAGAUAUACAACAUAUUGAGCAGGAAAGUGAUGAGCUCACAGGAGUUGAAUAAGCAAGAUCCUGCUUCACUUAGCAAUGGCAAGAAAGUUGUGAUUCCAUCAGAGGCACAGGGAGAGUCCAAGAAAGGUGGGUGUUGUUCUACGUGA